CCGUCACGUCGGGGGGGCGGGCCCGCAGGAGUGCUCCGGCGGGACGGACCGCGGCGCUGAGUCCGGAGUCCCGCUCGCGGCUCGGGUCCCGUCAGCAUGUCGUUCGUGCCGGUGGCCGAGGACUCGGACUUCUCCAUCCACAACCUGCCCUACGGCGUCUUCUCCACCGCAGCCAACCCAAGAUCGAGGAUCGGCGUGGCCAUCGGCGACCAGAUCCUGGACCUGAGCGUCAUCAAGCACCUCUUCACCGGGCCCGUCCUCUCCAAACACCAGGAUGUGUUUGUGCAGCCAACUCUCAACAACUUCAUGGGGCUGGGCCAGGCCGCCUGGAAGGAGGCGCGCGCUUUCCUGCAGAACCUGCUGUCCGCCGGCCAGGCCAGGCUGCGGGACGACGCGGAGCUGCGCAAGCGUGCUUUGGUCCCCCAGGCUCUCGCCACCAUGCACCUCCCGGCUGCCAUCGGUGACUACACGGACUUCUACUCCUCGCGGCAGCACGCUGCGAACGUCGGGAUCAUGUUCCGGGGCAAGGACAACGCCCUGAUGCCCAAUUGGCUGCACUUACCCGUGGGCUACCACGGCCGCGCCUCCUCCAUCGUGGUGUCGGGCACGCCGAUCCGCAGGCCCAUGGGCCAGAUGAGACCGGAUGACUCGAAGCCUCCCGUGUACGGCCCCAGCAAACUCUUGGACAUCGAGUUGGAAAUGGCGCGCGACCUGGGGCGCCCGGUGAGCCCAGACCUCACCCGCUCCCCGCGGCAGGCUUUCUUCGUAGGCCCCGGGAACCGCCUGGGGGAGCCGAUCCCCAUCUCCAAGGCGCAGGAGCACAUCUUCGGGAUGGUCCUGAUGAACGACUGGAGCGCCCGAGACAUUCAGAGGUGGGAGUACGUGCCGCUGGGGCCGUUCCUGGGGAAGAGUUUCGCAACCACCAUCUCCCCGUGGGUGGUGCCCAUGGAGGCCCUCAUGCCCUUCGUGGUGCCCAACCCGGAGCAGGACCCCAAGCCGCUGCCGUAUCUCUGCCAUGACCAGCCCUACACGUUCGACAUCAAACUCUCUGUCGCCCUGAGAGGAGAGGGAAUGAGCCAGGGCGUUCCCAUCUGCAAGUCCAAUUUUAAGCACAUGUACUGGACGAUGCUGCAGCAGCUCACUCACCACUCCGUCAACGGCUGCAACCUGCGGCCCGGGGACCUGCUGGCUUCCGGAACCAUCAGCGGGCCGGAGCCAGAUAGCUUCGGCUCCAUGCUGGAGCUGUCCUGGCGCGGCACGCAGCCCAUCGAGCUGGGCAUCGGGCAGACCCGGCGGUUCCUGCAAGACGGGGACGAAGUCAUCAUCACAGGACACUGCCAGGGGGACGGCUACCGCGUGGGCUUCGGCCAUUGCACGGGGAAGGUGCUGCCCGCCCUCCCACCGGCGUGAGGUCCUCUCGGGCGUCCUGGACACACCUGGCUGGACCCCCAGCUGCCCCCCCCACCACCGACCCCGGGACCAGGGGCCCCUCUGUGGCUGUGGGCCCCUCCCGCCCGCCUUCAGGAACAAAUGAAUAAAAGCCAUGGUGCCCUGUG